CUCCGGGUUGUAUCAAUCAGCCCUCUGCUGUAACCAGCGGACGAUACUCCUCACGGUCUCCCGGCAUGAGCUCCUCGCGACGUCGCAACGCCGUCUCCUCGGCAAGGGGCCAGCGUGCCACCGGCGAUCUGCGUGCCUCUCCGCGACGCAACCAACGCCUUCCGCAGACCCCACCGACUGCGACAACCCCAAAAGUCACCGGUUGUAACGGCAGCAACAGCGGCGGCGGCGGCGGCGGUGGCGGCGGUAACGGCUACCUUUCUAGCUGCGGCUGUGCCAUUUACCCCCCUACGCCGAAUGGCGUCGUCCUGCCCCCCUCAGCGCCCGGCCUUGAUGUCUCCUCCCCGCACCCCGUGCACGUCGUCUCCUCGCCGCCCACCCUCGGGGUUCAUGAUCCUCCCGUUAUCCUGGCUUCCGCCACGGAGAUGGCGGGUUGA